GGAACUUGUCCCAGGGGCUUUGGGCCCUGAAUGGGGGGGGGGGGGGCAGCGGUGCCGGGCUCUGCCUCGGGGAGCCCUUGUCGGGUGCCUCCGGACGACCACAGGGGAGGGGGCUCUGCCCGAGCUGGGCCCAGAGCCUUCUGCUCCUCCGCCCAUGGAACGCUCCGGGCUGCCCCCUCCCCAGAGGGCAUCGGCCGGAGCUGGCCCCUGUGCCGGGAGGGCGGCGGGAAGGGGGCCGUGGUCUCGGGCCCAGCUGGGGGGGGUCUGGGGUCCACAGCUCCAGGGGGGUCUGAGGCCUCUGGGAGAGCCGGGAGAAGGGGGAAAGGGAGGGAUGGUGAGGGGGAGAAACAAAAGGGAGGCCAAGGGGAGGGGAGAGGCAGACAAAGGGGAAGGGGUGAGGGGGAGGAAGGGGCAGGGGAUAGGAGGUGGGGGUGGCAAAGGGAUGGAAAGAAAAGGGAGAGGAGGGUGUGUGAAGAAGGGGGAAGAGGGAGGGGGCUAGGCCGGGGGCCUUAGCCCCUCCCCGGCAGAUCAGGCCACCCGCGGCCUUGGGGGCUGUAUAAGGCUGCGGGGGGAGGAGAGACUCGCUCGGAGACUCGGAGCUGGCCAGGCCAUGAGUGCCCGGGGCUGCUGGCUGGGGCUGCCGCUGCUGCUGACCGCCGUGGCCGGGGGCCUGGGGGCCGCCCCCCACCGGGCCAAGAGGGGCUUCACUUACCCGGGCACGCUGUGGUGCGGGGCGGGAAACAACGCCGAGAGCUACGAGCAGCUAGGGGAGCUGGAGGAGACAGACAGAUGCUGUCGAGAGCACGACCAGUGCCAGCAGGUCAUCCACCCCUUCACCAUUGGCUACGGCCACCACAACUUCCGCUGGCACACCAUCAGCCACUGCGACUGCGACGCUCGGCUGAAGGCGUGCCUGCGGCAGGUGAACGACGCGGCGUCCCGAGCCGUGGGCCAGGCCUUCUUCAACGUCAUCCAGGUGCCCUGCUUCGAGCUCACCUACGAGGAGCAGUGUGUGGAGCGCUACUGGUGCAAAAGCUACGGGCCCCGGCCGCGGGCAGUGCUGCAGGAUCCCGCGCUCUACGAGUUUGGGGGGCCCACCCUCCGCGUCCCGCCGCCCGGCAGCACCACCCCCCCGGGGCGUCCCCCCCGAAGCCGGAGGGUCCGGCUCCCCACGGCCACUCAGGGUGGCAAGGGCGCCUGGAAGGGGAAGAAAAAGGAGAAAAGGACCAAGAAAAAGGGCCUCUCGCUGACACCCCCUGGCUGGGAGCCCCGGCUGGGCAGAGAGCCAGAGGAGGGGAAGAGCUCUGUGCCCCCCGGCCAGGAGGGCGCGGCCCCGGACUGGGGCGCCCAGGACCGCGGCUCUAACGACAUCCUCCAGGAUGAGCUCGAAGCCGAGGGGCCGGCAGGGCCUCCCAGAGCGACCGAGGUCAAGGCCAUGGGCCGGUCAAAGGGGAGGAGGAAGGGGCGUCGAGGGAGGAACGGGCCCGGGAAGAGCGUGGCGCCCUCGACGGGGCCGAGCCUCAGCUGAGGGGCAGCGGGCACCAGGCGCUCUCCCUCGCUCCUCCCCUGGCACCGGUGCCCGGGCAGGGCUUUCUGGUGGCUGUCCAGGGGCUGUCAGCUCCCGGGGGCUCUGUGGAGAGGGCCGGGUGUGAGCGGAAUCCAGAUGAAGCCACAAUAAAAACUCUUGGGGCGGAGCCCCACCCCCAGGG